AUGCCUCUCAAAAUCGCGAUUGUCGGCGCUGGCAUCGGUGGCCUGAGUGCAGCCGCGGCGCUGCGCCUUGCAGGACACCACGUUGAGGUAUUUGAGAAAUCCCAGUUUCUCAGUGAACUGGGAGCUGCGCUUGUCGUCGCGCCAAAUGGCAUUAGAGUUCUCACUGCAUUGGGCUUCUCCUGUGAAAAUGCCCGGAGUAAGCCUCAGUCUUGCUUUGAGCUCCGCGACGGACGGACGUUCGACUCCGUGGCUAGUUUUGAUCUCACAGAGCAGAGAUUUGACGCACCGCUUCAUACUAUGCAACGAGCAGAUCUUCAUGGAGAGCUUCAUCGGAUCGCUACGAUGGAACUCCCAGGCCUCCCGGAUAUUAUGUUACACCUAGGUCGCAAGGUGCUAACAGUUGAGCCGGCUGCGGGAAUCCUUCAUCUUGAAGAUGGAUCAAGCGUUGAAGCAGAUUUGAUCAUAGGUGCAGACGGCCUUCACUCCAUUCUUAAGCCUCUGGUUCUCGAAGGACAUCCACAACCACCAUUCAAAACAGGUCUUAGUGCUUUCCGAUUCCAGAUCCCGACUGAGAGUGUUCGUGAUGACCAGGACUACGUUUCACUCGUAGCGAAGAAGGGUCAUGGGCCAUCGAUUUUGGCGGAUACUUCGGACGAGAAUACAGCUGUGCACAUGGUAUGGUACGACUGUCAGAAGAAAGCCCCAAAGAUCACAAAGUGGCCACUCAACAUCCAUAAGCCUAUCACUCAUUGGACGCGUGGAAAGGUGCUUCUUAUUGGCGAUGCUGCUCAUCCGGUAGGGUUGAAAACUCCAUUCUCCGUUGACGUAGUGGCUUAA